CACGUAUGAUAAGAAUGAAUAAUGUUUUGUUCAUGCUUUUUGUAACGUAUAUACUGUGCUUUGUUUAUGCUUAAUAUUGUGAUUCUACUAAAGCGGGUGUUACGAUCAGCACUGUCCCAGGAAGCCCUGUUAUUGUUAUUAUGACCAGCAAUUUUCCACACAAUAAAAAGGUUUUCUUGGUCGUUUGAGCCUCAGUUUGAUCCAUUAUUUUUCCAAGGUGUUUAGCAGAACUGCACACACAUUUCGAUAAAGUGUCGAAAGUGUCUUCUCUCAGUGUGUGUAUACUUUAAAACAUUUGACUUUUUGAAACUGAGGAAAAAGCUGGACAAACCUGAACCAUGCUGGAAGGCUUCCGGGUAUAAACAUCAAGCAUAUUAGCUUAUGUGAUCUUUACAAAACACAGCGAGGGCACUUCAAGGCAAAACAUGUGAUGGUGUACACAAACCGGGCUGUGCGAGCGUGUUUUUCCAUCUUAGAGCUGAGGUGAGCAGGGAGCUUUGAACAGGUCUGAAACAGGUGUCCCACACUUUCAAGAGUUUGGAUCGUCGGUUCUUGUCUGAACCUGGUUGGGUCAGCAUGGGUUACAGGACCGUGGUGAUGUACAUUGAGAUCGGCUGCUUUGUGGUCUGCGUGGCCGGGUGGAUCCUGGUCUGCUCCACGCAGCCCACCGAGAUCUGGACUUGGUCUGAGGUCGGCAGUAUUGUCCUGACAACGUCGAACUACUUCUCCAACCUGUGGAAGGACUGCAUUUCUGACUCUACGGGAGUAUCUGACUGCAAGGGGAUCCCGUCACUGCUGGCGCUGAAUUGGGACAUUCACAUGUGCCGGGCUCUCAUCAUCAUCUCCAUUAUCUUGGCUUUCUUUGGAUCCAUCCUGGUCCUGGUCGGAAUGAAGUGCACUAAAAUCGGGGGCUCGGAGAGAACAAAUGCCAAAGUAACCUUCGCUGGAGGGAUGAACUACCUUAUAGGAGGCUUGUGCGCAAUGGUGGCGUUCUCAUAUUAUGGAAACAAGAUCAGAUCAGAGUUUGACGACCCGACUUAUAACGAACAGAAGUUUGAGAUAGGUGUUGGAGUCUUCAUCGGCUGGGGUGGCUCCUCGUUACUCAUUACUGGAGGCCUCAUCUACAGCAUCUUGGCGGGGAGGGAAGCGUUCGGCUCGAGACCAGAGAAAUACGCAGCCAGCCAGUUCCCUGGCUACACGUUCCUCCCAUCGAGAAAGAGCUACGCGUCAUCAGCUCGCACGGAGAUCACACAUACCAGGAAUUCAAUGGUCUCAAGCGAUAACAGCAGCAUCUCCACCAUCUCCAACACCACCAGGAGGACUGCCAGCAAUGUUUAUGUCUGACUUUUCUUUAAAAAGGAAAGAAACAAAAAAAAAAAGGAAAGAAACAAUAUACCAUGCCAUGAAAUAGUAUUUGCUCCCCUUACAAAUGUAUUCUGUUGUCGCUCUGUCAGUCGUAUUUACAUGUUUCAGAUAAUCCAGGAUAUGUUUAUGUUGGACAAAGAAUGACACCUGAGUAAAUGCAAAAGAGCAGCUUUCAGGUGAGGAUUUCAUCAAUUGAGGGAAACCAGCUAUCUUUAACAGCCUGGGUCAAUCCGGAAAAGUUAUUGACUCCCCUGUGAAAUCAUGAAUUAACCGAUUAUCAUGAUUUUUUUUUACCUAAUAUACUGGUGCAGUUUCUCUAGUCACAAUGAAGACAGACAAGAUUUCAGAAUCAAUAAAUCCCUUAAAUAUAACCUGUCUGACAACAUGAAAAAGAUUAAAAAAGCAUCAUGUAAGGCCACAGAACAGAUGGGAAACAGAACGGUUAACGUUAAUCAGUCUAGAAGGAGUCACAAAGCCAUUCCUAAGGCUUUGGGACACCAAAGAGCCACAGUGAGAUUCAUUAUCCACACAUGGAUGAGUUGGGAUACUUCAAAGAUACAGGUUUAAAGGUAUAUUUAUUAUUCUGUAGUUAAUUUGUUUUACAGCCAUCAGAAGAAAAAACAAAUAACAAAAACAAAGGAAGAGCAAGUCUGCAAAUUUUACUCAUGUGUUCCAUUAAAUUUGGCAGAAAACUAAUGGAAUUCAGAAAAAUAGCAUUACGUCUACAAACAAAGAUGGCGGUAAUGUGAUUGUCUGGGCCUGCAUCAGGGCCUGGACAAUGUGUUGUUGAAGCUAUGAACUCAGCACUAUAACACUGAUCUCUACCAGGACGUCUUGAAUGUUUGGCCAACAGUCCUUGACCUUAACAGCACUCGUGUUAUGCAAGUCCACUUCUGAUUGGCUCAAAAAUAACCAAAAAUA